UUGUCCAACAUUACAAAUAUCAAGCAGUGAUAGUAUGUUUGUGUUCGCUUACAAAUAAAAUCAUGACUAUUUAUUUUUCCUCACACUAAGCAAUUGUGUUUCUUCGACGAACACGUCGUUUCAUGGAUCUUAAAGACCGCAGCUGUGGUGUUCCAGCGGCGCUCGGCCCUCGACAGGGGUGAAGGUGACUCGCCUGUUGUUAGGGGGGAGGCAGAGGAAGCAUCGCGGACGCUCGCUCGGCUCCUUCUCAUCGCUCUAAUCAUCGAAACAAUCGGCAUCCAAGGCUCGACCUCACCUUCUCAUCGAGGACAGACGAAUUAAAGACAUUUUCUUAUUGAGGUGGUUUUAUUCGUGGAUGCGUAUGCAUGUGUUCUGCACCGAACGGGCGAAAGAACCGCCCCAGAUCCGCAGCCAACAUUUUUCAAAUCGGCAAGACUUCGGUGAGGGAUCCGGAACGCCGAGAGAGCACCGAGAGCACGCGGAGAGCUCAGCGGGCGAUGGAUGACUGUAGAACGACCGUUCAGGAGUUCAACACUCUUGUGGCUCUCCAUCGUGAGCAGGUCAUCUCCAUAGGCGAGAAUACAAUCGACUGUCCUUCUUUAAGGGCUCAGAUGCACAAGACUCGAAUUAAAGGAUGCGCCGUAGCCCAGGCUGCCUAUCAAAACCUCAUCGCAAUCUCUGGGCCAGAGGAUGGCGAAAUCCACCCAGAAAUAUGCCGAUUGUUCAUCCAGCUUCAGUGCUGCCUGGAGAUGUACAUUACAGAGAUGCUCAAGUCUAUGUGUCUGUUGGGUGUUCUGCAGCUCCAUAGGAAAGGAAAUGAUGUGUGUCCAGAGCCAAACAUGGACUGCAAGAUCGACGAAAGCUCUGAUGUGCCGAUGCUGGAUGAUCGAUCAUCGUCACCUGUGGAUUUUCCACAGGAUUCCUGGGUCGUGUGCACAGACAUUGAGAAUAUAGAGCGUGAUAUGCGAGAAAUGAGAAACCUUCUAAGCAAACUCAGGGAGACAAUGCCUUUGCCACUGAAAAAUCAAGAUGACAGCAGUCUGCUAAAUCUGACUCCUUAUCCACUGGUGAGGCAGAGGAAGAGGCGAUGCAGGCUUUGUUGCCUUGUGUCUGGCUGAACCUUCAAUACUCUCAAGUCUUCUUUUCUGAUCAUUGAUCAAUUAACUU